CAAGGGAAGAAACAGCCCCCCCCCCCCCCCCCCCGUUCUUAGGGGCUCUCAAUCCCCUGUCCGUAAAAGUUCUUGGAAUUGUUCCUGUCUGUGUAUUUUCUUCUCAGGGGAAGGGGGACCCCAGAUUCUCUGGGAGUCUGGGCCCCAAUCACUAACAAGAUCCUUUCUAGCUACCACAGUUCAUGGAUUCUUGCCCUAUCUCUCCCUCGAAUGCUCCCCCAAAUCCUGGAGGUCAGGAGAACCCCCACCCAGCAUUUCAGAGUCAUUGCUUCCAACCCUAGACAUGGGCUCCCCGCUUCCCAGUGUUGGAAUGUUCCCCAGCUUGCUGACUGUGACCUUAGGCAAGUUGCUUGUCAUUUCCAAACCCCAUUUUGCUCAUCUGUGAAUAAGAAGGGUCAUUCGCACCUCCUUAAAAGGGUUGUAAGGAUUAACACACGCCUGCAAAACGCUGACCACAAUUCGUGGCCUAUAGUAGAUGCUCUGUAGGUGGUGGUUAACUCAGCUGGUCCGCUCUCUCUGCCCCUCCUCCUCCGGAGAGGGGAGCCUCCGUCUCCCAGAGCAGAGAGUGGAGUCUGCAGGGUUCUGGGAGCAGAUUAGUUUCGGGUGUCACUUAAUCCGGGAGGCCCUUCCGUAACCGGAGACUUCACAGGGGCAGAGGUAGUAUAAAUCUGCAUAAGGGGCCCAGCCCGGCUCUCAGAGGCUGCAGGAUGGACAAGGGUGCCUCAGCCAAGCUGCUGCUGCUGCUGCUGCCGUGGGCCACCUGCUACGGACAUGCAACAGCCGACCACCUGAGCGGCUACACGUCGGUCAUCGAGGUGACCAACGGGGGACCCUGGGGCGACUGGGCCUGGCCUGAGAUGUGUCCCGAUGGAUUCUUCGCCAGCGGGUUCUCGCUCAAGGUGGAGCCCCCCCAAGGCAUUCCUGGCGACGACACUGCUUUGAACGGGAUCCGACUGCACUGCUCACGCGGGAACGCGGAGCGCAACACGCAGGUGGUGGAGUCCCAGUCCGGCAGGUGGGGCGCGUGGAGUGAGCCACAGUGGUGUCCCGGCGGUGGCUUCCUCGUGGCUUUCUCGCUUCGCGUGGAGGCACCCAUGGCCCCCGGGGACAACACGGCGGCCAACAACGUACGCUUCCGCUGCUCCGACGGCACGGAGCUGGAGGGGCCCGGCCUGGCCUGGGGCGACUUUGGAGAAUGGAGUAAGGCCUGCCCCAAAGGCGUGUGCGGUUUGCAGACCAAGGUCGAGCGGCCGAGGGGCCUCCGAGACGACACCGCCCUGAACGACGUGCGUUUUUUCUGCUGUCGGAGUUGACCAGGUCGCCCGCCCCGAAGCUAGUCCCACCUCUCGCUAUUAAAGCUUCUCUGUCUUGGC